CAUUCGACUAGCCACCUGCAACAUAUGCGCAGUUAUAAACCUGCUAGAGUUAGCAACAGGCAGACGAGCAAUAGCUACGGUCGUAGUACAGAUGGAGACUGAUCUGCAAUGUGAAGCUAACUAGCUUUAGAAACGCCUGAGUAGAUCUAGCUUGCUUCGUAGUAUACCACUCCGGUGAAUGAGGGUUCAAAGACGAACAAUAAGUGUUAAGGAGCAUAUACCCACGUGGGUGAUUGAAAGAUGAACUGACAUCCACACUCCAGUCGGGUAAUGCACCGUAAAGUUGGUUGCCAACCACCAUAUGAAGUCCAAUGAAGAAGAAAAAGCCUGAAGGAAGAAGAGAUGACGAGAAAUGAAUUCGGUUUAUUGUUUUAUCUGUGGAUUAAUUGUCGGAGUAGAGGACCUUGUGCAUUUCAGGCACUCGACGGCAACAACCGCAGCACAAUCCUUUGGCCCGCCAGCCCUGCUGGGUCUGAUCCCAGGCCUCUUCUCAAGACAGCCUCAGCAUGGAAAGCCCAGUGAGGGCUGAGCCAGCUACCCCAACCCUGGCUCCCCCAGCUCCACGAAACCAUACUCCUUCUCUAAGUCCCAGAGCUGAGGCCAAAGAGAAGAGGUCGGAGGUGAGCGAGGGAACAGCGGAUGAGUGUGAGGCAGUGGACACAGAGGGGGACCCUAUAUGUCUCUCGCUGUUAUCAAAGAUGACUGUGUUUGUGGAGGCGCCAGCAGAGGAUGCAUCAGAGAAGGCUGCGGCUGAGGAGGUUGCAGCCAAGGAGAGGGCUGAGAGAGAGGCUCAGAGGCAGCUCCUGGCCACAGAGGAGCUGAUCUACACAGAGAGGAACUACCUGAGACUCCUCCAGGUCUGCACCUGCACCAUCAGGAGCAACCUGCAGAAACUACAGCCUCAGCUGCCUAACCUGGACAGCAUGUUCCUGUACAUAGAGGAGGUGAUUGAUGUGUCGGGACGCCUCCUCAGCCUCCUGGACCAGAAGCAGGUCACGCCCCAUGAUCCUCUCUUCCUGGAGACCCUGUGUGACGCCUUCCUCAGUCUAUCAACAGACAUAGAGUCGGCUUACAAGGAGUACCUGUCCAACUACAACACCGUCACAGCGUUAGAGAACAGCUACAAACAGAAAGAACCCCUGUGGACUGAGAUGGUGAAAGUCAUCAAGUCCUCAGCGCCAGAGGUGAAUGCUACCUCUCUGAGCUUCUUCCUGGUGAUGCCAGUCCAAAGGAUCGCUCGCUACCCUCUUCUCCUCCAGACCAUCAUGAAACAUACAGACCCUGGGCACCCGGCCUACUCUCUCCUGGAGCAGACUGCCCACGCCGCCGUAGCCGUCAACUGCAGGAUCAAUGAGUACAAACGCUUCCGAGAAGUUGCCGACAAAUACAAGAAGACGGAAACCUUGACGAUAAGGGAUAAGAUAAAUCGUCUGAAUAGCCACAGCAUCGCAAAGAAGACUGCCAGACUGAGUCAGUUCAUCAAGCAUGAGACGGGGAUUGCACCAAAGUUGGUUGAUGAGGAGUUUGAUGCCUUGGAGGGCUUUUUCUAUCUCCUUGAAAAUGGUAUCGCCGUGCUACAUGAAAAUGUGGAGACGUAUCUCAGCCAUCUGCAGAGAUUCCUUAGCUGUCGACCGGAGGAGUUUGACCUUGACAUGGACGGCGAGAAGCCUGCUAUAUGCUACAAGGAAAUCACAGCAGCAUUGAGACAAUGGAUACUUCCUACAUUUGAGAAGAGGAUGAGGACGUUGGUCCACAAGCCCCUCUGUGCCCUUCGAGAACUGCUGGUGGGGCCUCGUAACCUGAUCCGUAAGCGCCUGGACAAGCUGCUUGACUACGAGCUGAUCGAAGAGAAGCCCAGUCUGAGCUACGAUGAGCAGGCGGUGGCAAACACCUAUAAGACCAUCAACACGUUGCUCCUCAACGAGCUGCCCCAGUUCAAUGGCCUGGCCCUCACCCUGCUCUGGGGCAUGCUGGGGGCCUUCAGCUGCCUGCACAAGGACCUGGCUGCAGACAUGGAGCAGCUCUUCCAGGGCUUUGCCCAGCAGCUCCCUCACAGUUCCCUGGAGCCUAAUGCAUUCUGGGAGUGGGCAGAGUGUUCGGUGCUGGAGGGUGCGAGGAUGCUGGAGACUCUGUGUCGGAAUGUGGAGGACCAACUCAAUGCUCCCAUUGUCCAGCCUCUCAGCCCUGGGUCUCAGAAGUGUCUGAAGGCCCUGACAGACAAGCACGGCUCAGGCAAGAUCUACCAGCUGACGGGUCAUGUGGUGGGGACUAGAGACCUGGACCUGAGCCUGAACAGAGGAGAGCUGGUGGCCAUCAUCAGUGAGAUGGACACACGGGGGGACAGACGCCGCUGGCUGGUCGACGCAGGGGGUCCAAGAGGAUACGUCCCCUCCUCCAAACUGGUGCGUUACCACCAGGUAACCAUGGACCCUCCCCCGUCCCCUCAUCUGACAGUCACUACCAUGGAUUGUGCUGGGGGUGUCAGGCGACACUCCUACACCCCUGACGUCAGGCGACACUCCUUCUCCCCUGAUACACCCCAGCCCGUGAGGACUCUGUCGAUGACCAUGCCCUGCUUCCAGGUGUUUGCAGGCUAUGACUUCACGGCAAGGAGCAGUCACGAGGUCUCUCUGAGGGUGGGGGAACCAAUCAGAGUGCUGGAACCCCACGACAAGAGGGGUAGCCGCGACUGGAGCCUGGUGGAGGUGCGGGAACAGAGGGGGUAUGUUCCCUCCAACUACCUGGCAGUGGUGCCUACAUCUACGUCGCCCACCACCCCCUACCACUAGGGUUGCCCCGGGCAACCAGCCAGUCCGUGCUAGACGCCACUCAACCAUCGCUGCCCACGCACCUCUGCUCAGCAGGAGAAGCACUCUCACUGAAGCCUACAUCUACAGGAGGGCGAGAAAGAGAUGUGUGUGUGUGUGUGUGUGUGUGUGUGUGAUGGAUUAGAUGACAGGUGUGUGUGUGUGAAGUGGUGCACCAGGCAUUUGCAUGUAGAGUGCUCCAAGCCCUCGACUGCAGCACUUAUUAGAAGCAUGUAAGUGGGAGGCUGCUUCCAUCACCAGGAACCAGGGGUGAAAUGCUGCUUUCUCCUACAGAAAAUGACUGACUGGCAGUCAGGUAGCAAUGCCUCAGCACAGCAUGAGGAUGAAGGAGAGCAGGCAGUCUGUGGCAAGGGAAUUGGUUCUUGUGAAUAUUUGACCUACCUGACAAAGCUUCUCCACUGAGCGGAUCUUUCGCUCAACUGGCGCUGGCAGUUAAACUGAUGGACAUAUAUAUGUACACGCCCCUGACUCCGUUUAUGUGAUGUACCACUUGCACCGCCAACACUGAAUCCGCCACUGACAUUGACAGCAAUGCAAUUUAUGCUCAGGCAAAAUAGUUGUAUGAUUUCUAAGAAGAAAUGAGGUCGGCAUACUAAAACAUUAAUGCUAGAUUGAUCAAAUAAGAAAAGGGGGAGAGUGGAUCAGAGAAGUCCUGUUCAAAUGGAUGAAGCGUAGCUAGUUUGAUUCCAGAUAUCAAACGGCAGCAAACAUCUGUUAUUAAAGCAAUUGUAUCAUUCGGGUUGUUAUGGCUUUAAUAGCAUAGUACUUGUCGUGCUAGCGGCGCCUUCUCAUUGGUCCAAAUGUCAGAGCAGAGUGAGAAGGCGAGACGUUACCUGCUGCUGCUGCUGUAUCUGGGCUGUCUGGUCUAGACGGAGGCAGAACUCUGUGUCUUCUCUGAGCUGGCCACAAGGGGGCAUACCUCACCAACUCUCACCUAACAGAUGGCUUUUGUAGGCUUUAGCGUCAUUAUCUUUAUCAUUACCUCAGUCAGUAUUGAUGUUAAGCUUCUGGUGGAUGUUGCACAAUCUAAACAUGUUCAUAUCUUAACAGUGUUGUCGUGUAUAAUUAAUUUGACUGUCACGAUCUGCUUCAUAAUAUUAUCUAACGAGAAUGUGUUUGCUCAGUAAGUCUACUGUCAGGGAUAAUCCUAUGCCGUGUUUAAAAAAAAUAUAUAUAUAUUAUAUUUAUUUACCCCUAGCAGGCAGAACCGCACAUCAGGCUUUUAUGUGUUCUGAUGAAAUGAGCUAUGGAAGAUGAAAUGACUCAGUAUAGCCAAAAACAGUUUGAAAGGGAGCACAGCUCUGCUCUGUUGGUGCAGCAGUGUCAUUGUUAUGCUGAUUGCUGCAGAAUAGUCUGUGUGGCCUGGAUAAUACAGAAUUCAAGCUGGGUAUACAGCUUUUCAGAUAUUCACCUCCAUUUUACCAUGUUGGCUCAGGACAGGAUUUGUAUGCGGCUCUAAGAUGGUGCAGUUUCUGAAUUUUAGAUGCAUUUUAAGGAAAAGCCACAUAGACGGUGACCCAUUUUUUAGAAAGCUAUUAUAACAUAGCAUUCACUAAGAGAGCACCAGAAUGGAGGGUAAUCAAGUGUAAACGGACGUACGGGCUUUUAGGUUUGCACUUAACCAAACAAUGCUACUGUGUGGCGCGUGCUGUCCUCCAUAUGACAUCUAAACAUGUGUGUGUGUGUGUGUGUGUGUGUGUGGCGUAUUCCGCAUUUGUGGUUGUCACCUUGAUGCUAAGGACGGGUUGUCAACAUGGAUUUGAUGCAGUGACUCCCUGCAGCUACCGCUAUCCCUAGCAUGGCAGAACCCUACGCAGCUCUAAAAAUACACUUUCUCUCAUUCAAUGGUUCUAUAAAUAGACUACUGUCAUUAUAGGAUCCCCUGUUGGACCCUUGGCCUCCCCCUGCUGGCUACUGUGGAAACAAGUUUUUCCCUUCCUUCCUUCCUCUGGGUGGUAAAUCACAUAACGGCGACUGUUAUACUACCUCCCUGCAUGGCUCCAGGGCCGCUCUUGGCUUAAAAUCCAUAGGGGAGUAUACAGACAACAAUUAGGUUGGUUGUUGUCUCUGUCUUUGAGAAUUAGGCUCCUGACUAGGAGGGUAAUCCAGUGCUUUGCAGGCAGGGCUGGGCUGAGACGAGACGUCCAUGUUUCUGUCAGCCUCCAGUCAGAGUGUGGAUCAGCUGCUCCACAGUGUUACAGUCUGCUCAUCUGGCUGCAGCCUCAGAUUUACGUGCUGGGCUGAAAUUAUUGUAAAUUUUUAGGGGGUCACUGUGGCAGUCAAGGGAAAGAGCAUCUGCAUCUGGGUGCCGGGGGGGUAUUUUUCUUCCUGAGAGUCUCUCCCUCCGCCACCUCCCCUGACUUGUGAGGAAGUGUUGAAGCGCAGUGUGUAACGGGGGCUGAUCCGUCAAAGCCGCACUGGGCUUGGCCACAGAAAUAGCAGCAGUGGGCUUGUCCUGGUUGUUUUAAGCCAGGGCUGUAUUUGGUAACCGUCUGGCACCGCCCCUGAUGCCUUAGCUUGGCUUCUUUUAGGCCCUGUCUCUGGCAAAACCAAUUUAGUUUUAACAAUGGUUCAUCCCCUCUGCUGCAGGACUAGAAUGGGACAUUUUCCCUUGGCUUGUAGCUAAUGACUGGGGGUUUAGAAGAUAGUGGUGAGACUGAGGCGUGGACGGUGCAGGGUACGGCAAGGCAGGGAGGCAUGUGACACUCUGCAGCCAUGCAGCAAAAUUCUCCUGAGGCUCCCCUUGGGGAGCUAAGGAUGGAGCCACUGACAUGGCCCAAUCGCCAUGUGUGUCAGUGAGAGCGUGUGAGUGAGCCACGGCAGUCAAGCUUAACAGAUCUCCUUGUCGUCAGGAGGAUUGACUUGGCUGUUUCUAAUUCCAGGACAUCGGCUGUUUUUCUGCUUUCUCCUUCAUGCUUCCAGCCCUUCUUUGAAUAAGACAUACAGAGAGACAGAAGACCGAUAUACAGUGCAUUCGGAAAGUAUUCCGAACCCUUGACUUUGUUCCACAUUUUAUUACGUUACAGCCUUAUUCUAAAAUGGAUUGCAUUUUUGCGUGUAGAUUGAUGAGGGGGGGGAAAAAACGAUAUAAAUAAUUUUAGAAUAAGGCUGUAAUGUAACAAAAUGUGGAACAAGUCAAGGAGUCUGAAUACUUUCCGAAUGCACUGUACACUGACAUAAGAGAUACAAUUCAUGUUCCAUUCAUAAUUCUCCCACCACACUGACUUGAAACUGAAUUCUAUAUACCCUUUCCAUUUGAAGGAAGUUGUGUGGCCUGCAAUAGACUAGCGUCCUGUCCAGGGAGUGCAUUUGUACCUCAAGCUGCCUCACGCUCCAGAAACAGGAGACAGAGCGGCCAAUAGGACAGGAGCCUGUCUCGAACAGGGCUACUUACUUAUGUGGCCUUCAUAAAUGAAUUGCUUUGAUGUUCUAUAACUGGAUACUUUAUUAUUUGUAACCAAAGAGUAUUCUAGGAUUGUUUACAUGUUGAUCUCAUCUGUGCUGUGUCGGGCAGUGCCCUUUCCCUUGGUGUAAAUCACAUUGGCCCCUUAGUACAAAAUAGACUGGACGGUCCUUUUGGGUCCUGGGGCCCAUUCAGACUGAGGAAGGAGCAUGGGUGGGGGUAAGGGGUGAUUGGGGUAGAGCGAGAGGCUGCGUUGGGGCCUCUGUGAGGAUUCUAACUGGAGGGGGACUGCGUUGAUCAUAGACUGUUCUAACCCAGAGUUCGUAGACACUCCACUGGAACCUACAGUCUCGGGACAAUCCCCCUCCCUUCUUACUUUUCCUGAAAUGAUGACGUUGCGUCGUCUUUUUCUCUCGUUCACUAUGCUCGAAAUGUGGCAUCGAGACGCUCCGUUUUUUUCUUUUGUUUCUGUUUGAACCCUUUGACGUACAGCCAUGGGCUGGCUACUGGCUCGUAUGGUGGGGCUGGCUACUGGCUCGUAUGGUGGGGCGGGCUACUGGCUCGUAUGGUGGGGCUGGCUACUGGCUCGUAUGGUGGGGCGGGCUACUGGCUCGUAUGGUGGGGCUGGCUACUGGCUCGCAUGGUGGGCUGGCUACUGGCUCGCAUGGUGGGCUGGCUACUGGCUCGUAUGGUGGGGCUGGCUACUGGCUCGCAUGGUGGGCUGGCUACUGGCUCGUAUGGUGGGGCGGGCUACUGGCUCGUAUGGUGGGGCUGGCUACUGGCUCGCAUGGUGGGCUGGCUACUGGCUCGUAUGGUGGGCUGGCUGGCUCGUAUGGUGGGGCGGGCUACUGGCUCGUAUGGUGGGGCGGGCUACUGGCUCGUAUGGUGGAGCGGGCUACUGGCUCGUAUGGUGGGGCUGGCUACUGGCUCGUAUGGUGGGGCUGGCUACUGGCUCGUAUGGUGGGGCUGGCUACUGGCUCGUAUGGUGGGGCUGGCUACUGGCUCGUAUGGUGGGGCUGGCGGCCGCUCAAGGUCAGUUUUGUUUUUCAGCAGAGAGCACCAGGCACCACCUCUCCCAGCCCAAUUAUGUGACGACCCUGACUGUGUUUUGAAACAGGCAACCGUGCGGUCCAUAUGUAAGCCCCGCCCUCUCUCUUGUAAACAGUGCUUGCCUCGAAUGUCAGGGAUGUCAACCGCCAUCACGAGGGCACAGGACUUAGAGCUUGCUAUAGUUUUAGUGGGCGUGAAACGCAGAGCCAUGCCGAGGGGGAAGGAGGGAGGGAAGGAGGUGUUUAUGUUCGACGUGAAAGAGGAGAUAGAUUCCCACCAUCCGACUAUGUGCCAUGCCCCCUUCUGGCAACCCGAUAAGGCACUUUAUAACACUUACAUGACACUUAGCUUAUAGGGUGUCACAUAUUAUAACACGUGGAGUGCACAUUUCUUUCAGCUGGACUGAAUUUCUAAGUUUAGCCGCUGCUGUGUCAAGCUAUUGAAUAUUUUAUUUUAUUAUCAUUUUUUUAAAAUAGAUGUGGUACUAAUAUUUUCGUCUCGCUCUUUAAACUGUCAUCUCAUGUUCUCUUGUUGCUGUUGUUGUACAGUAUGGACUGCAGCUACCGCCAAAUGGAGUGCUAUGUUGCCUGUGUAGGAACUAUCUGUUUAGUUUUGCAGUUGUACAUGUUGUACAUAUUUUGCAAAUAUGUUUAACAUUAAACAUUAUAUUAAACACCCCAA